AUGGCGACACGCGACAGCCGCCCCUGCCCGGGAUCCGCCUCCCGCUAUCCUGGGGACACCACGGGGUCCCGUGUCCCCAAAUCCCCCCGGUCCCGUGUCCCCCAAAACCCUCCUGGGGACACCCCGGGGUCCCGUGUCCCCAAAUCCCCCGGGUCCUGUGUCCCCCAAAACCCUCCUGGGGACACCCCGGGGUCCCGUGUCCCCAAAUCCCCCGGGUCCCGUGUCCCCCAAAACCCUCCCGGUGCCACCUCUGUCCCCCCAGAGCCCCCCGGUCCCUCCCGUCCCCCCCGGGCUCGGCGGAGGCUCCGCAGCAGCUCCGGGGCUCGGAGCCCGCCCGGGGAGCGCCGGCUCUCGUGCCCCUCCAGCCCCAUCGUGCUGCUCCGCGAUGUCGCUGCCGCCCCCCGAGCGCUGCCCUCGCUCCGGGACAAACCCAAAACCAUCCGGGUCAUCACCAGGGACCUGAUCCGGGAGCUCAUAAUUCCCAGGGAUCGGCCCCCGGCCUCGCUCAUCGUCGGCACCGAGGAAUUCCAGCGGAUCCAGGAGGAGGCUCGGGCUCCGCGCCGGGAGCUCGCGGAUCGGCUGCAGAUCCUCAAAUCCCGCCAGGACGCGGCUUUCGAGCAGCUGCGGCGGGCGCGGAGCGCGGAGCUGGGCAGGGCUGAGCAGUGGGACCGUGACAGGGACAGGGACAAGGACAAGGACAAGGACAAGGACAAGGACAAGGAGGAAGAGGGGGAGAGGGCGAAGAAGAUUUCAGGCCCCUCCAGCGCCAUCGUGCAGCUCCGGGCCGUGAGGAGCGCCCCGGGCACGGUGCCCUCGCCCCGGGACAAACCCAAAACCAUCCGGGUCUUCACCAAGGAUGUGAUCAGGGAGCUCGUAAUUCCCAGGGAUCGGCCCCCGGCCUCGCUCAUCGUUGGCACCGAGGAAUUCCAGCGGAUCCAGGAGGAGGCUCGGGCUCCACGCCGGGAGCUCGCGGAUCGGCUGCAGAUCCUCAAAUCCCGCCAGGACGCGGCUUUCGAGGAGCGCAGCCAGGCCCGCAGAGCGGAGCAGCAGCAGGAGGAGCUGCGGGAGGCGCGGGCCCGCUCGGAGCUGGAGCGGGAGCGGGAGCGGGAGCGGCGGGAGCUGCUGGAGCGCGCGGCCAGGAUGAGGCUGGAGCAGGAGGCUGAGAUGCGGCACCUGAACUCGCUCCUGCUGGGUGCCCGCUGCAGCUCCAUCCUGGACCGGCAGCUGGCGGAGCAGCGGCAGACGCAGGGGGAGCUGCGGGCGGAGGAGCAGCGCCUGCAGCGGCUCAUGGACAGCGAGCGGGAGAAGGGGCUGCAGCUGCAGGAGGAGCUGGAGCGCCGCAGGAAGCAGGAGCUCAUCAGCACCAAGCGGGAGCUGCUCCAGCAGAUGGAGCAGCACCAGGAGCAGCUGGCGCUGAGGGCCGAGCAGAAAUUCCAGGAGGGCCAGAGGUUCCUGGAGCACCUGGAGCAGAUGAGGAGGGAGGAUCGCGAGGCCUGGCAGCAGCAGCAGCAGCGCAAGCGGCAGUUCCUGGCCGAGAUGAAGGCGGCGGACGCGGAGAACCAGCGGCUGCGACAGCGCGACAGGGAGCGCGACAGGCGCGCCGAGCUGCGGGCCCUGGAGGAGCAGCGCCAGAAGGCGGAGCGGGACGCGGCGCUGGAGGCGGAGCGGGCGCGGCUGCGGCGGGAGUGGCAGCGGGAGCUGGACCGGGUCAAGUCCAUGCAGGAGCACGAGCAGGGCUGGCAGGAGGCGCAGGAGGCUCUGCGCUCCAGGCGCAGCCAGGAGGCGGCGGAGCGGGCCUGGCGGCAGCGGGAGCUGCAGCGGGAGCGGCGCCGCGCGGAGCUGCUGCAGGAGCUGCAGCGCGGCCGCCGCGAGCAGGCGACAAAGCGGCGACAGCAGCUGGCGCUGGCACUGCAGCAGGAGCGCCGCGACUUCCUCACCCUGCUCAGUGCCCAGGAGCAGCAGCUGGCACAGGAGCAGCAGCAGCAGCUGGCACGGCAGCGGGCACAGCGCGCCCACGCGGAGGCGCUGCGGGAGCAGAUCCGGGAGUCGCGACAGCGGCGACAGCGCGACAGAGCCGCGGCCGUGGAGGAGGGACAACGGGAGCUGGCACGGGCGCGGGAGCGGGCAGAGCGCCUGGCACGCGUGGGACAGCAGAAACUGCAGCGCCUCAGGGACAGCGGCGUGCCCGACAGGUAUUGUGCCCUGGUGGAGAAGAAGGCCUGGGGCACGGCCAGCGCUGCCAGCUCCUGAUGCCACCCUGGUGCCACCUCCUGAUGCCACCCUGGUGCCACCCUGGUGCCACCCUGCCACCUCCUGAUGCCACUUUGGUGCCACCCUAUCACCUCCUGGUGCCACUCUGCCACCUGCUGAUGCCACCCUGGUGCCAUCUCCUAAUGCCAGCUGCCAUUCCCCAGGGACCUGGGGGACAUUUCUCCUUUUUUCCAUGGUUUGAGCCCAUUUUUUACCUCUUUUUACCCAUUUUUAUAUAUUUUAACCCAUUUGAAUCCAUUUUACCCCCAUUUCCCCAAUUUUAAUCCCUAUUUUUCCCCAAUUUUAAUCGCUAUUUUUCCCCAAUUUUAAUCCCUAUUUUUACCCAUUUUUAAUCCCUAUUUUUUACCAACUUUAAACCCUAUUUCUACCCACUUUCAUCUAUUUUUAACCCAUUUUUACCCCAAUUUUAACCCUUUUUUGCACCUGUUUGUAACCCUUUUACACCCAUUUAUCCCAAUUUUUAGCCCAUUUUUAUGUGUAUUUUUAACCCAUUUUAAAUCCACUUUUAUCCCUAUUUUACUCCAUUUGAUCCCUAUUUUAACCCAUUUUAUCCCAAUUUUCCCUUUCUUAUCCCUAUUUUAACCCAUAUUUUAUCUAUUUUUACCCAUUUUUCUCCCUCUUUUUAACCCACUUUUAACCCAUUUUAUCCCUGUUUUUAACUCCUUUUAAUCCCAAUUUUUAUCCCUACAUUUCCCCCAUUUAUCCCGAUUUUUAACCCUUUAUAACCCCUAAUUCAACCCAUUUUUAUCCCUAUUUUAACCCAUUAAAUCCCAAUUUUUACCCCCAAUUUUCAACCCUUUAAACCCCAUUUAAUCUCU